AUGAAUCGCGCCUUUAACAGGAAAAGGGACAAACCAAACAUUCAUGCGACUGAAGCACUUGUGAACCAUUACCUCGUGUAUAAUGCAAAGUUCCUAGGAAUCACAGAAGUGGACCAGCCAAAAGGCACAGACGUCGUUCGGGUUGCAGUCCGAAAGCUGAAGUUCCAGAGGCAUAUAAAGAAAUCGGAGGGCCAGAAAAUUCCUAAAGUGGAGUUACAAAUCUCCAUUUAUGGCAUCAAGAUCUUAGAUCCGAAAACAAAAGAAAUGCAGCACAACUGCCAACUCCACAGAAUGUCUUUCUGCGCCGACGACAAGACAGACAAACGGAUAUUCACCUUCAUCUGCACAGAUCCCGAAUCCAAGAAACACAUAUGCUACGUGUUUGACAGCGAAAAAUGUGCAGAGGAAAUUACCUUGGCCAUCGGACAGGCCUUUGACUUGGCGUACAAGAAGUUUUUGGAGUCUGGUGGAAAGGAUGUCGAGACAAGAAAACAAAUUGGAAACUUGCAGAAAAGAAUUCAAGAUUUGGAGAUGGAAAAUUCAAAGUUGAAAAAGCAGCUUCAGAACCUGGAGGAUCAACUGAUGAAUGCCCAAGUUUCGCCGGCUGGGAGCAUCCCUGCAAGAGCGCCCUCUACUGACAUAUUCGACAUGGUUCCCUUCUCCUCUGCAUCUCCCCUCGCGACAGUACCAUCCAGCAACGGCACAUCUCCCGACGCCAAAAAACCCAAAGAAAAAGGCAGAGAUCUUUUCGGGGCCGAGCCGUUUGAUCCCUUUAUUAGCGGACCUGCAGACCUUCCUUCAGACAUUCAGGCUAAACUCGACGAGAUGCAGGAGGGGUUCAAAAUGGGACUGACUUUGGAGGGCACUGUUUUUUCCCGCGAUCCACUGGACAGUCGCUGUUGA